CUCAAACUUAACAAGGGAAGUGAUGGUGGACUUUUUGGACCCAGUAGAAGAUCUCGCCAGAGCGCCACCAUGUCUCCUUAUUCACGACCUUCCAAGGGUCGUUUUGAAAAUUCCGCUAACAAGAAGAGCUCUGAAGCAGGGGAAUCAACUAACCUAUCUAUGUCCCAGACAACAACAUAUGGUAAGCAUAUAGGGUUGGAAGCUGGUACACCGACUGUGCCUAGACAUUCUAGUCAGAUCGCUAAGACGAUACUGGAUCACCUUGAACGGACCCUACCCACGCCGAAAAACAAAUCUGAUGAGUUAAAGCUUGCCACUUCUUGGAGAUUUCCACAGUCUUCGAAAACUGUUGAACAAAGCAACUUGAAUAUCAACAAUGUGAAGAAGGAUGGCCCAGCCAAGUUGAAUGAAGACAUCCCUAAUUUUUUUUCUCACAAUCCGCCGUCCUCUGUGCCUAAACUAUCUGAAGUUACCACCGGUGAUAUUCAAAAUACAAUGGCCAAGACCGCUUCAGCAUCAAAUGGAAUAUUGAGUGGAAGUAGUAGUGGUACCACACUCCAGUAUGAGUUAGGGAAGCCCAAGGACGCUACAAAAGCUGUUUCCUAUUCUUUUGGAGGCGAGCCCGCUAAUCUCCCCAAGCCAUCCCACUCACUGGGAAAUAACAAACGGUCACUUUCAUCGAUCUCAGUAGCCAAGCCUACUUACCAAAGAUGGGCAGUUCCUUCGGGUUCAAACGCUAGCUUCACAUUCCCGGUGUCAUCUUCAUCUGAUGGAGCAGCAACAUCAGAGCCCACAACUCCAUCGAUCAUGCCAUCCACAACAACCCCAAGUGGCGGUGUUGCCAUUACAAGUCAUCAUGAAGCAACAAAAGAUGACGAGAUUCCUCAGUUUGGUUUCGGGGGUAACAGAAGAGGAGAUGAUAAGUUGCCUCUGGUCUUCGCUUUCCCCUCUAUGAGCGAUGAAAUGAACAAUGAGAAGUUGGGAGAUAUCAAGUUCACAUUUGGGUCUAACAAGGCAGAGAGAAUAUCUUUUGGCUCACCAGGAAGUGAUGGUGUUUGCUGUUAAAACAAAGACGAUGAUGGUCUCUGUUUCUUUCUUUUCCUUUUCCGAUAUUUUUGUAUCACAGAUUUGUUACUUUGGGAGUAUAAACUUGUUCUUUAUAAACCUUUAGUUUUGACUUCUGAGUUGUAUUCAUUUGAAUCUGAUUUAAGAAGGAAACAUGAUUUUUUUUACA